AUGACAAUUAAUGAACAACACAAAAAAUCUGCAUAUGUAGGUGCGCUACCAGAUAUACCAAUGGAAGCUCUUCUUUCACUUGGUCCACCAAAUAAUUGUGGUACUGCACCGACAAUUCGACUCUUUCUUGCUAAAUAUCGUGCAUUUCCAUGCGUACUAUAUUGUACUGCUGAUGAUACAAGUGCAUUAUUACAUGCAACAACAAUUGUUGAUUAUAUUCGAGAUGAAUUAAAACAUGAUUUAAAUACCGAUCGUAUAUCUCGAAAUUAUAAUCGACAAACUAAAGAAAUCUAUGUUGAUUCACGUUUGUCAGAUUUAGGUAAUGGUAUUAUGAUUGAAUUAACUGAUUGUUACUUUAGUUCUGAUGUACAAAAUCCAAAUAAAUUAAAAUCAGAUCAUUCAGAUGAUUAUUUUUUAAUCGCAUCACAAGUAAACCUUUAUUAUUUACCUGAACAUGAUACAUUUGUACAAGAUCUAGCAAGACAGUUUGCUAAAAUGACUGUAUUUUCAUCAAAAUCAUGUACUUUACAAAUGGUUUGUCGUAAUCAACAUGGCUAUUAUCUUAGUAGUAUUAAUAUUAAAAAACCAUUGAUUACUGACCUUGCUCUUCAUUAUGGUAAAACGUUUGUUUCAGUACAUGAAAAAAUCAAUAAAAAUUUAAAUAAAAAAGAAGGAAAAGGUAUUGUUCUUUUACAUGGUGUUCCAGGUUCAGGAAAAACACAUUAUAUUCGAUAUUUAAUUCAUGAAAUUGAAGAAAAAACCUUAAUUUAUGUACCACCAGAUAUGGCAAAAGAAAUUUCUUCACCAGAAUUUCUUCCAUUUCUUAUGCAAUAUCAAGAUUCAAUUCUUAUUAUUGAAGAUGCUGAAAAUAUAAUUAAAGAUCGAAAUGAAUGUUUAAUACCAUCACAAGCUGUUGCUAAUCUUCUUAAUUUAUCUGAUGGUUUAUUAGGUGAUGCUAUGCAUCAACAAAUAAUUGCAACAUUUAAUUGUGAUUUAACAACAAUUGAUCCAGCUUUAUUACGUAAAGGACGUUUAAUUGCAAAUUAUGAAUUUAAUAAAUUAGACAUAGAAAGUUCAAAAAUUCUUUCAGAUAAGUUAGGACUUGAUACUAAGAAAAUAAUUGCACCAAUGACACUUGCUGAAAUUUAUAAUCAAGGUGAAAAUGAUGAGGGAUCAAUUGUAAAUGGAAAUGAACCAAAUACGAAUGAACAAAAAUGA